AUGAAUAUAUUGUAUAUUACAUUAUUGAUUCUAUUUGCAAAUUCAAAAUCAUUACUUGGAAUAGAAACAAAAGAUGUUAAUGGAAAUCCAGUAGCAUUUGUUCAUGUUGAUUUUAAUAAAUGUUAUUAUCAAAGUGAAAAUAAAUAUGUACAAUAUACAAAUGAAAAUAAUAUAAUUUAUUUUAAGUCAUAUUCUGAUAUGAAUUGUUCUAAUGUUAUUGAUGAACAAACAUAUGGUAUUAAUGAUGAUAAAUUAAAACAUCUUAUUUGUAAUGGUUUUGAAAUUAAAUGUUCAGUAAAAAUUACUGAACCACCAAAAUAUAUUGGAAGUAUGACUUUUGGAGGUGAAGAUGAUAAAGAAUGUUCACACAGUGAUGAUAUGAUUAAAUAUUAUAUAACAAAUAUACCUUUUAAAUCAUCUGAGAAUGCAGAAGGAUAUUGUCAAUAUAAAGAAACAAAUGGAGAGAUGUAUUUAGAUAUUUAUCCAAAUAUAAAAUGUAUUGAAAGUGAAAAAAUUUCACACAUUAAAGAAUGGACAUGUGAUACUUGUACAAAAAAUAUAAAAUAUGAAUGUAAAGAAAUUGAUUCAAAUAGUGAUUCUAAAGAAAACUCUUCACUUAGUGAUGAUUCAUCUAUGAGUUAUUCUGAAACUAUUUCAAUUUUGACUAUUAUCUUUAUUCUCACUUUCUUCUUUUAA